GAUGCAUUUGCGGAGAUGGUGCAGUGCCUCGAUGACAGGAGCCUCUCAUUAAUCAUGAGGGAUGCGAGAGACGAUGGCAGAAAGGCGUUUAAGAUCCUUAGGGAGCACUACCGUUCACAGAGUAAGCCCCGUAUAAUAACUCUCUACACAGAGCUUACGAGCUUGAAGAAGUUAGAUACCGAGACUGUAACGGACUACAUGUUGCGGGCAGAGAGUUCAUCUACUUCCCUGAAAAUGUCAGGUGAAAUGAUAAGUGACAGUCUUCUGGUGGCAAUGGUGUUGAAGGGUCUGCCUCAACAACAGUUCAAACCUUUCACCACCGUUGUCACACAGAAGGACAAGGCACUCACCUUUACUGAGUUUAAGGUGGCCCUCCGUAAUUUUGAAGAUACGGAGAAGCUAAACAGAGAUGAAGGCGCCAAGGUUGAGGAUAGUGUGAUGAAGGCCGCAUGGAAAGCCCGUGUAUAUCCCUCGGGUGGCACUAACGUGAAGUGCUACUCAUGCGGGAAAAUGGGACAUAAAGUGGCGGACUGUAGGUCCAAGAAGCAGCGCUGGUGUGAUGUCUGCAAAAAUCACACUCAUGACACUAAGUUCUGUCGAAAACAGAAAAAGGACAAUGCUAAUGGGGCAGGCAGCGACUCUGCAAAACGUGCCGAACUUGCAAAAUCGCUAGGGGAUAACCACACGUUCGACUUUGUGUUCAAAGUUGGUGAAAUGAUUUCACCAAACGUAAACGGCAUGCUUGUCGAUUGUGGGGCAACGGCACAUAUCGUUACGGAUAAAUCGAAGUUCGUGAAAUUCAACAAGAAUUUUGUGCCAGCUCGACACUACAUGGAACUCGCCAAUGGUGAUAGAUCCAACAAUGUAGCCCUCGCCCGUGGAGAUGCCAAGAUCACGAUCGUGGAUAACAAGGGACGACAGGUAGAUGCUCUCCUGAACAAUACACUUUACAUACCUACCUAUCCCCAGGACAUCUUCUCUGUACAAGCAGCUACCGAAAUGGGAGCAACCAUCACCUUCCUACCGGACUCUGCUCAACUAGUACAUAGAGAUGGUACCAAGUUUGACAUUUUGAAGUCUGGAAAAUUGUACUAUUUAAAUAGAGCAUCUGAAAUGAGACGUGAUGUUACUUCAGACACGGUAAAUGUCACUCGUAGUCUGAAAGAUUGACAUGAGGUUUUAGGACAUUGUAAUGCUCCUGAUAUUCUGAAGCUUGAGAAGGUUGUUAAAGGUAUGAAAGUCGCUGGUAAGCAUAAAUUUGAGUGUGGCAUAUGUAUAGAGGGCAAGAUGACACAAUACCGUAACAGAGACCCAGAUAGACGAGCUACCGUACCACUGGAGUUGGUGCAUUGUGAUCUGGCAGGUCCUGUGGACCCAAUUGCCAAGGAAGGUUUCCGGUAUGCUUUGAGCUUUGUAGAUGACUACUCCGGAUUGAUCCUCAUCUACUUCCUGAAACAGAAAAGUGACACGACUCGUGCCACUAGGAAGUAUCUUGCCGAUAUUGCACCAUAUGGAUCUAU